AAGGAGCACGGCGAAGUACGUAGGUACCGUUACAACUUGUUGCUGUGGGCUUGGCACGCGCAGGAUGAGAGCUGCGGCUCCCCGGCCGGCCUGAGCAGGGGCCCGCCUGCACCGAGCGCGCCCUCUGCCAGGAGAGUGAUCCGUCGUGUUGUUUCCCUCCACGUCCCGCAGGAGGAGGUGGCGUUUGGUCAGCAGCGCGGCGUGCUGGUGAGAUCCACAGGAGAAAUCCCCUUGGAGCGAGUGGGUCGGCGACGCAGCAUGCCUGGCACUGGUGAGGACAAGACCCCUGGCAUGGAGCCAACUGCCCCCACGCCAUUCCGGGUCACGGGGUUCCUGAGCAGGAGACUAAAAGGCUCCAUCAAGCGAACCAAAAGUCAACCAAAACUGGACCGCAACAGCAGCUUCAGAAACAUCCUACCAACUUUCAGGACCACGGACAAUGACAGAUCACAUCUGAUGCCGAGGCUGAAGGAGUCGCGGUCUCACGAGUCGUUGCUCAGCCCCAGCAGUGCGGUGGAAGCUCUCGACCUCAGCAUGGAGGAGGAGGUGGUCAUCAAGCCUGUGCACAGCAGCAUCUUGGGCCAGGACUACUGCUUUGAGGUAACCACCUCCACUGGAAGCAAAUGCUUCUCCUGUCGAUCAGCAGCAGAGCGGGACAAGUGGAUGGAGAACCUGAGGAGAGCUGUGCACCCCAACAAGGACAACAGUCGGCGUGUGGAAAACAUACUGAAGCUGUGGAUCAUUGAGGCCAAGGACCUUCCUGCCAAAAAGCGGUACUUCUGUGAGCUGUGUCUGGACGACUCCUUAUAUGCUCGGACUACCUGCAAGCUCAAAACAGACAAUGUAUUCUGGGGUGAGCACUUUGAGUUCAACAACCUGCCAGCAGUCAGGAGCGUGACUGUGCACUUGUAUAAGGAGACGGAUAAGAAGAAGAAGAAGGACAAGAACAGUUACGUGGGCCUGGUCAACAUUCCCAUUGGAGCUGUAACAGGGAGGCAGUUUGUGGAGAAAUGGUACCCAGUAAGCACACCCAACCCCAACAAGGGCAAAGCGCCAGGGCCUAUGAUCCGUCUCAAGUCCCGGUACCAGAGCAUGAGCAUCCUGCCAAUGGAACUGUACAAGGAGUUUGCAGAAUACACCACUAACAACUACAUGCUGCUGUGCUCUGUGCUGGAGCCAGCACUCAGUGUGAAGAGCAAGGAGGAGAUGGCUUCUGCCUUGGUGCACAUCCUGCAAAGCACCGGCAAGGCCAAGGACUUUCUGACAGAUCUGAUGAUGUCCGAGGUGGACAGGUGCGGCGAGAACGAGCACCUCAUCUUCAGAGAGAACACCUUGGCCACAAAGGCCAUUGAGGAGUAUCUCAAACUUGUGGGCCAAAAGUACCUACAGGAUGCUCUUGGCGAGUUCAUCAAAGCGCUGUACGAAUCAGACGAAAACUGUGAAGUGGACCCUUCAAAGUGCUCUUCGGGUGACCUGCCCGAACAUCAGGGCAACCUGAAGAUGUGCUGCGAGCUGGCCUUUUGCAAGAUCAUCAACUCCUACUGUGUGUUUCCUCGGGAGCUGAAGGAGGUGUUUGCAUCAUGGCGACAAGAGUGCAGCAGUCGUGGGCGACCGGACAUCAGCGAGCGGCUCAUCAGCGCAUCGCUGUUCUUGCGCUUCCUGUGUCCAGCCAUCAUGUCCCCGUCACUCUUUGGCUUGAUGCAAGAGUAUCCGGACGACCGUACGGCCCGCACGCUCACCCUCAUUGCUAAGGUCACGCAGAACUUAGCCAACUUCACCAAGUUUGGCAGUAAAGAGGAGUACAUGUCCUUUAUGAAUCAGUUUUUGGAGCACGAAUGGACCAAUAUGCAGCGCUUCCUGCUGGAAAUAUCCAACCCAGAAACCAUCUCCAACACCGCAGGGUUCGAAGGAUAUAUUGACCUGGGCCGCGAGCUGUCUACCCUUCACUCCUUGCUGUCAGAAGUGAUCUCACAGAUGGAGCAGAGCACUGCCACCAAGCUAGGCCCGCUGCCCCGGGUCCUGAGAGAUGUUAACGCUGCACUGAGCAACCCAACCGGACCCCCUGUUUCGGCCCCCUCCGAGCGCAUGGCCUCUCCUCCUCCCAUCGGCUGUACGAUAUCCACUGGCCUUCAGAAGAUGGUCAUUGACAGCGACCUCUCUGGGUUGCUCGAUUUCACGCGACUGCCGUCGCCAACUCCAGAGAAUAAGGACCUGUUUUUUGUGACGAGGACAUCGGGUGUGCAGGCCUCGCCCGCACGCAGCUCCAGCUACUCUGAGGCCAACGAAGCCGAUGUUCAGAUCCCCAAUGGCAGCAAGAGCCUGUCCAUGGUGGACCUGCAGGACAGCCGUAGCAUGGAGAGCGGCCCCAACGCAUCAGGCAGCGAUGCCCUGAAUGACAGCCAGUCCUCCAUUGGCCAGACAGGUGGCAUGUGGUCCGCUCGCACUCCCCAGAGCAGCGGUGGGGGACACACCCUGAGAAUGGCGGGGCAGACCCCCACUACACCUGGUUCCGAGAGCGUCCCGGGCCGGCCCCAGCUGCUGGCUCCGUUGUCGUUCCAGAACCCGGUGUAUCAGAUGGCGGCGGGCCUUCCGGUGUCGCCACGGGGCGUGGCCGACUCCGGGUCCGAGUGUCACAGCUCCGUCAGCUCUCAGGGUAAUAGCGAGGAAACGGCAGCAGGGAAGCACUCCUUCUUGAAUCAUGCACCUGGCAUGGCUGUCGCUGCUACUGGGGAAGACUUCCUGCGCCGUUCCGGCGAGUUCGCUCGUCGACAGCUGUCACUCAGCGAGUCACAGCACCAGUCCAAUGUGCCACGGCAGAACAGCGCCGGGCCCCAGCGCCGCAUCGACCAGCCUCCACCUACAGUCACCAGAGGGCGCACACCCCCUAACCUGCUGAACACUGCGCCGUACCCCCGGCCCUCCAGCGGCAGCAUGAUGUCAUCAUCCCCCGAUUGGCCUGGCAGUGGGGCGAGGCUGCGCCAACAAUCAUCCUCUUCCAAAGGAGACAGUCCCGAAAUGAAGCAGCGUACGCUGCACAAGCAGGCCCCAUCCCCAGUGAACCCCAAUGCCCUGGACCGUACCGCAGCCUGGCUGCUGAACAUGAACGUGCAGUAUAUAGAGCAUGAAGGGAUGGAACCGGACCCCAAACACAGAGACGAACUCAGAAGCAAGGAUGAUCUCACUCAAACCGAGAAGUACCAGCAGGAAAUCGCCGUCCUUCAGGAUAAGCUGCGGAUCUCGGCCAAGAAGCUGGAGGAGUACGAGUCACGGAUGAAGGGCCAGGACGAGCACGCCCAGAAGAUGCUGAUGGAAUAUCAAGCCCGGCUGGAGGAGUCCGAGGAGCGGCUGCGCCGGCAGCAAGAGGACAAGGAGUUGCAGAUGAAGGGGAUCAUCACCAGGUUAAUGUCCGUCGAGGAGGAGCUGAAGAAGGACCAUUCAGAAAUGCAGGCUGUCGUCGACUCCAAGCAGAAGAUCAUCGAGGCACAGGAGAAGCGCAUCGCGUCAUUGGACGCAGCCAACGCACGGCUGAUGAGCGCCCUGACGCAGCUGAAGGAACGGUACAGCAUACAGACGCGCAACGGCAUCUCCCCCACCAAUCCCACCAAGCUGCAGAUCACAGAGAACGGAGAGUUCCGGAACAGCAGCAACUGCUAGUGUGAUGAGUGGAGAUAGAACUGCCGCAGCGCACUCCAGGCUGAGGCAGAGGGGCAGCAUUGUGGGUCAGGAGCAGCCAGCUAUCAGGGAAAGACACCACAGGUGGAAAAAAGACUGAUUCAGGGCACAAGAGGAAGGUGGGAGCCAAACCUACUGAUGAUGAUGAUAUGCGGCAGAAUACCAUUAUUUUUAAUGGGAAUCUGUCCUUUAGGUGUUUAAGUUCAGGGCUUGUAAGAGUUUUAUUAGUGCUUACUGUAAUUCACAGCACUUUGGCUUCAGACUGAGGGCUGAUCUUGCUUUCUCCAGCUCUCCAGCAUCAGAGGAUGACCAGACCAUGUCAACCUGAGACCACAUCCUCUGUCUGAGAAGGGUUACCCUCUGUGUGUGUUCAAGCUUGUGACGAGCCACUAUAUAUCAAGUGUUUACCAGUGAAGUCCACCUGUCUCUGCUUUGAGCCAAUAUCCACAUUUCCCUUCGUUCAGGAUAUGGUUGCGCUGAUCUCACUGAAAAACAAAACAAACAGAAAACACUGAAGCAAAAAUUGUCUUGUGUUGUAGAUUUUUUUUUUUUUCCUCUUUUUUUUCCCUGAAAGCCACUAAAUGUUCAAAUUUUCCCUCAUCUGUCAGUUUCGAAGCUCUCUUGUCACUGUCACAACCACUGGGACGAAAAUUAAUUUGCAGUGCAUAUUUUUUGAUGCAUGUUAUUAUUCCAAACUUUAAACUCCUAUUGUAAACCCCUAGGCUGAGUGAUUCUGAGGCCAUCCUCACUGCACAUGUCGAGCAGUCGUACCACAGAUGUUUGCUGUGGAUCACAAUGUGAGUUCCGGAUGUGAUGGAAAGAUUCCAGUUGUCAGUGCGAUGACGGGCUUAUGGUGCGGUGGGAAAGAUGCUCUGGCUUCGCUCCUUGACCUCAGGGUCUCUCGAAGUCAAUGAACAGUUAUCCUCGCCGGUUUGCCGCACGUCUUUCAGAACCUGCUCGGAAAGUUAAAAAAAAUGUUCUUGUUUUCUGCAUCCCAGAGGUUUUUUGCUUUUGGGUUUUGAAGGAGAUCACUUCGGGUUAAAUGGUCUCAUCAGGGAUAAAAGUGGCUGUUUGGCAUUAAAUUAAGAAUAAUAUAGAUCAUAACUUUUCAAGCCCAAAAGCAGUUUUCCCACCUCGUCACAUUGCAUGUCGUUUGAGUGUAGGAUGAGUGCUUCUUUUUGCUGGAAGGGUUUCAGUGCACGGUUCUGAAUGUGUGAACAAACUCCCCUUUCCG